CGUUAAGUGACGGGGAAAAAUCAUUUUUAAAAAUUGACUUCUGACUUCAGUUUGGACAAAUACAGUCAAGUCGCCUUUUAAAACCAAACCAAAACAUAAAAAUACAUAUUUGAAUAUUUUUCUAAUCAAUAAUUCUAUGAUAGAACAACCUAUUUAAACAAACAUAAAACAUACAGUGCACACAUAGAACAGCAAGAUUGAAAAUACACAAUGUUUCUAUAAUAACUGAUUCAGUCAUCAAAUCCUAAAGUCAGAACUUUUAUCUUUCUUGAACAAGAAAUCUAGCCUCCUUAUAGAAACAAAGAGAUAGAUGAUAGAGAUGAUUGACAGAUAGAUGGAUGGAUGGCUGACAGAUGAUAGGUGAUAUAGAUAGAUGACAAAUGACAUUGUUGUGCCUCGUCCUCCCUCUCAGCCAGGCCCCUCCCAUCUACACCCAGGCCUGUUAUCAGACUCCAAGUCUGAUAAUGAAGAUGAACGGCCUGUCAUGCCUCCAGCCCCCGGUCCUGGCACCAUGCCCAGAGAGGAUGUCAGGAGUGAACUGACCAGCCCGAGAAACUUCACUCCUACAGUGUGUGAGCAGGAAGCCAGCCACGUGCUGGAAUUACUGACUACAGAUCCAGCUGAAGAGAAUUCAAAGUGGGAGGAUCCUCGCUUCCGGAGAUCCGAGAGGCGACAGCAGCAGAAGGAAGGGAGGGGCAGGCCUGGAUAAAUGCUGAGUCAGGGAGCCACACCCCACAGCCUAUAUAAAGGACCUGCUUUUGGCAUUCCAACCUUGAGUCAAGCAAAGUCUCAUCUAGUUUGCUGCUAUUGCUGAAGUCACAACUUGGACUCCUGCCUGCCCUGAGAAACCUCGAAGGAAUUUGACAAGCUGCAGAGGCUUCGUUGCCACUCUUGAUACGGACUUCCUAGACCCGGUCGUCGGAGGGGGAGGGGGACACGACACAUAUAUAGGAUAGAUGACAAAUGAUAGAUGACUGAUAGAAAUGGUAGAGAGAGACAGACAGAUAGAUAGUUACCGUAGAUCCGUGAUUGCAAAUCUAUGGCAUGCAUGCCACAGGUGGCAUACAGAGCCCUCUGCGGCCACACAAAGCCAUCACCCCAGCUCAGCUCUACCACGCAUGUGCGCACGCCUCCUGCCAGCCAGCUGGUUUUUGGGUCUCUGCGUGAGGUGCAUAUGGGAGAUGCGUGUGCAUGCAUGGGUGGUUGGGUUGCACGCACGGGGGUCACGCGUGGAAGGUUAUGCAUGCAUGUGCAGGGGCACAUGCGGGGGUCACAUGCAUACAUGGGGGUGGGGCACGGGGUCAUGUGCAUGCAUGGACAGGCGCAUAGCAUUAUGGUCGUGCGCACGAGCACUUUCGGUACUCGGCGCAGAAAAGUUUAGCCGUCACUGCCAUAGAUAGAUAGGUGAAAGAUAGAUGAUAAAAGACAUGACUGAUAGAUGAUAGGCGAAUGACAGAUGGAAUACAGAGAUAGGUGAUAGAAAUACAUGUACUAUAAAACCCAAUUUGCAAAAAAACCAGUGUUCCCAACAGGCUGCAAGAUGACAGCAGUGCUCUGCUAUACUGUAAUUCGUAGGCUUUACAAAUUACAGUUCAGAACUUAACUGAAGAGAAAAAUCUUUGGGAAAUAGGCUGCGUGGGCAGAGAAAGAAACCUAGCGGUAGUAAGGUUUCACGAGAGAGACUAGACUGGUGUGUGCCACAUGAGAUGUUCACUUAGUGAAGAUGCUGGACCAGGGGCACAGCCCCACCCCACCCCAGCCAUGGAAGUACCUUAGAGCAGGGGUCUGCAAACUUGGCUCUUUUAAGACUUGUGGACUUCAAGUCCCAGAGUUCCUCAACCAGCAAAGCCCCCCACCCCAAGCCGUUUUCACUGUCGGAGGGAUAUUGUUGUGACCCAGGCCCAAGUAGGUAGUAGGAAACUCAGUCCGUGCGAAAACAAACUUUAUUCAAACAGAUGCGAAUUACUUCAUUCCCAGCGUAGUUCAACUAAAUUAAAACAAAUUCCUCCCAACACAAAUUCCUCAGUCCUAUAGCAAACCUUGGUCCAAUUAGGCAAACUGCCAAAGGCCUUUCUUGGCAAAAGUUCAGAAGAUACAAAAAUAAAUGCAAGAUGUAGACGAGGCAGAAGAUGAAGCUACCAACGUUGUUUUCCAGCAAAGCUCAAAUGCCGUUGCUGGUCUGUUUUAAGCCUUAUGGGAGGGGCCAAUCAUCUCUUGGCUCUACUCCUGAGUUGUCCUCUCUGCUUGAGCUGCUCUUGCCUUCUGGCAGCUCUUCUCAUGCAUGCAUUAGGGACAGGCUCCUCCUGUUCCUCUUCCUCACUACUAUCAGGCUCUGGAGUCUGCACCUCACGCCCCGAUGGCCCUGGUCUUACCUCAGCUUCAUCGCUGUCCAACUCCAUUGCCAGCUCCGUAGGCUGCUGACGGACCACAACAGAUAUCAAAACAAACUAAAAACAAAAACAAAAGUGAGAAAUGUUUCCCCUUUUGCAUUUCAGCAUGCAAGAAGGGACAGGAAAGGAGAAAAGGAAAGAGGAAAGAAAAAAAAGAAAAGUGAAGAUGGGAAGAGAGCAAGGAAGGAAAAAUAAGGAAAGGGGGAGAAGAAAAGAUAAUGAAGAGGGAAGGAAAGAAAAGGGAAGGAAGGAAGGAGAUUAUAAUGAGAGCAAGGGAGGGUCUCAGGGAAGUCCUGCCUUAAUAUUUGGCCACCACAGCUGCUCCCAACCUUAAAGUCCUGUGUCACACCCACCAUGGCCACGCCCCACCAGCCCUCCAAGGUCAAACACAACCCUCAGUGAAAUCAAGUUUGACACCCCUGCCCUAGAAUAAAUUAUUCCUCUCCUCCAAGUUCAAGGAAGGCUGGUAUAUUAGGCUGCAGCAUCCAGAUCACCAGCAGAUGGCAGCAAAUCCCGACUCUUCCUCUCUUUGCUGCCAUCUAAUGGUUGUUCAGGGCUCUGCAUCCCAGAUUGGUUGCCAUCAUUCAGAGAAUUCUGUCUGUUCUUUCUAUUGUGAGAUCAUGCGUUCUCUUUUUUUCCCCUUUGUGAACAAAGCUUCUCUAAUUCUUUCAAUCCAAAUAUUUAAAGAAAGGGGAACAUUACGAGCCGCCUUUGCUCUAUCUCCCUCCUUCCUUUCCUAGGCUUCUAUAACCCCAGCCUACCUGAUCAAAUCAUUUUUUUUUAAAGGAAGCAAACAUAGGAGGAAUUCUUCAAACACGUCAUGCUGUCUAAAUAUUCAUUCUUUCCAUCUGCUCAGUUGACAGAUUUGCCUGGCUAGACAAGCCGCUAAGCUAGAAAAGAAGUUCCUAGUCAGGUGUAAAGAAUACAGAAUAACAAGAGUUGGAAGGGACCUUGGAGAUCUUCUAGUCCAACCCUCUGCUUAAGCAGGAGACCCUGUACCGUUCCAGACAAAUGGCUGUCCACUCUCUUCUUAAAACCUUCCAGUGAUGGAGCACACACAACUUCUGGAGGUUGAUUAAACUCCCUGUUAAUUCUUCUCACUGCCAUAAAAUUUCUCCUUAAUUCUUGGUUCCAUCCAUAAGUUUCUACCUGUUACUUCUUGACUUGCUCUCAGGCGCUUUUGUAGAGUAGGUCAACCCUCUCUUCUCUGCGACAACCCCUCAAAUAUUGGAAGACCGCUAUCAUGUCCUUCUCCCCCGAGUCCUUCUCUUCGUUAGAUAAGACAUUCCCAGUUCUUGCAGUGUUCAUCGUGUGAUUUAUCUUCCAGAGUCCUAAUUAUCUUGGUUGCUCUUCUCUGCACACUCUCCAGAGUCCCCUCAUCUUUUUAUACCGUGUUGACCGAAACUGGACAGUGGUCUUACUCCUGCAAUAUAAAACAUCACGUGACCUUGUUACUAUCAUACUGAAGUUUGUCCCAUCGUCCAUUACAGGGGCUGGAUCCCUCUGGGGAAGGCCUACACUCAGGCAAGGAAGAGAAUAGAAUAACGGGACCUUGGAGGUCUUCUAGUCCAACCCCUUGCUUAGGCAGGAAACUACACCACUUCAGACAAAUGGUUAUCCAAUCUCUUCUUAAAAACUUCCAGUGUUGGAGCAUUCGCAACUUCUGGAGGCAAGUUGUUCCACUGAUGAAUUCUUCUGAUUGUCAGGAAAUUUCUCCUUAGUUCUAAAUUGCUUCUCUCCUUGAUGAGUUUCCACCUGUUGCUUCUUGUUCUCCCCUCAGGUGCUUUGGAGAAUAGCUUCACUCCUUCUUUUUUGUGGCAACCCCUGAGAUGUCAGGACACUGCUAUCAUGUCGCCCCGAGUCCUUCUUUUCAUCAAACUAGACAUACCCAGUUCCCGCAACCGUUCUUCAUAUGUUUUAGCCUCCAGUCCUCUAAUCUUUGUUGCUCUUCUCUGCACUCUUUCCAGAGUCUCUUUUUUACACUGUGGUGACCAAAAUUGGAUGCCGUAUUCCAAGUGUGGCCUUACCAAGGCGUUAUAAAGUGGUAUUAACGCUUCUUGAAAUUUAGAAAAUGUAGCUCUUCGAGACAGCAGAUGGAAAAGAGCUCAGCAGUGCCCUUCAAGGCUGUAGGAUAAUCCAGCCUUUUAAGGCAGCUGCAUCGUCCGCAACCAGGCAUUCCUACCCUGGAGGGUUACAUCACAGACCCUGCCGUCUACAAAACUCCAUUGGCCACCUCCCAUUGUCUCCCAUUGUUAUCUCAGAAUGCAGCAAAUAUUAGGGGAGGGGGGAGCUCACAACUGGGAAAGGCUGCAAUGGGAGGCCACCGUUUUGAUUGGCGUCGGCGGUAGCUGACCUACGUCUGCUUCUGUGGAGCCGGAUGUCUCUGUGAAUACCUGGGCCCAUGGGAAAGCCCCCAAAAAAGAAAUUGCCACUCCCCGAGCAAAAUAUCCAAAGAUCUGCUGUGGAGCACAAGUUGGAAACCGGGGACUAUCAGGAGCCGAGUGCCGUGGCUUGUCCUAAUCCUUCUGCGGCUCCCCCUGUGGAAGUUGGUGACCCCUUGGAAAUUUCAUGGAAGACUUUUCUCUCGGUCCUGAGGUCCAUGGAAGAAUGCUCAGAAAAUAUGAGGAACUCGUUGGUGCCGCAGUUCAUCACUUCUCAGCCUGUCCUGCCCAGAAAGAAGAUUAGUGCCAAGUCUGAAAAAAUCAGGAAAGGACGAUCAAGUGCUCUCCCUGUUAUACUGAAACCUGGUGAAAAACCCAACCUUCUCAUCCAAAAGGAGAGGGAGCUGUGUGCCACUGUUCACAAUUCCAAGCAAGAUGGAGGAAAAAGUAGAAUCGGAUCAGGACACGUUGAUCCUUGCGGAAAGACUCCUAAAGGAGACACAUGUUAUACAGCAAGCAAAACCAAGUUAGAACCAACGUCAUGUGAGACGAGCUACGCCCAAAUAGGUUUGUCUCUACCAGAGCCUAAAACCUUAGUCCAAAAGCAGAGGGAGGUGCCAAGUUUAAUUUCCCAAGAAAAUACACCUCUAACUCAGAAAUUCAAGAAAGGAAACAUAAGACUGUCAAAUUCUAAGAUAGCAGCACUGUCUCGUCCUAAAUUGCCAUCUCAAGAGACCAGCCGACGUGGAGCCAACAGAAUUUUCCGACAGAAAUUAAACAGCAAUAUCAACGCCCUCCCUCACUUGGACUGUCCAGCCAAAUCAAGUUUGGUGACAACUGCUUUGAAGCCUCUACAGCAAGAUGCGCUUUUCCCACAAAUAGCCACCAAAUCUUUUCAGUCUGUGACAACUCUGCAUUCGGAUAACCGAUCUCAAAUCCAACCGUUUCCACCCACCCUCUCCGAAAACAUCCCCAGGGGGCUGAGCAGUAAAUCUGGAGACAUCGAGAAAACUCACAACCUCAAGUUCCCACUAACUUCAGCAGAAGCCUUGAAACAUUUUAAAAACCAACUCACCCUGUAUGAACAACGAGAAAUCAAGGACUAUAAAGAACUGUGGUUUCUUGGCCUGGGUGCAAAAAAGAUUGAGGGAUACAUUGAUGGAGAGAACAGCAACACUUACGAUGACGACCAUGGUUCCUAUAAAAAGGUACUAAGCGAUCAUAUUGCAUAUAGAUAUGAAAUCCUGGCUAUAAUUGGGAAAGGAUCCUUUGGCCACGUUGUGAAGUGUUUGGAUCACAAGACCGGUGAAAAAGUAGCAGUCAAAAUAAUAAGGAACAAAAAGAGAUUCCACAGUCAGGCUUUGGUUGAAGUUGGCAUCUUAAAUUCGCUACGGCAAAAGGACCAAGAUAAUACAUAUAACGUCGUCCACAUGAAAGAGUAUUUUUGCUUCCGUAAUCAUUUCUGCAUCUCCUUUGAAUUAUUAGGUUCAAAUUUAUACGAAUUAAUCAAGAAAAAUAAUUUCCAAGGUUUUACUUUGGGCUUGAUUCGCCGUUUCACCCAUUGCAUCUUAAGAUGUUUGCAGCUCUUAUACACGGAAAAAAUUAUCCACUGUGAUCUGAAGCCUGAGAACAUAUUAAUAAGCCAAUCUUCAGCUGGACAAAUUUCAUUCAAAGUUAUUGAUUUUGGAUCGAGCUGCUACGAACAUCAAAGAGUGUACACUUAUGUCCAAAGCCGGUUUUAUCGUUCUCCAGAAGUCAUUCUGGGCCACCCGUAUACAACCUCGAUCGAUAUGUGGAGCUUGGGUUGCAUCAUCGUCGAGCUCUACACGGGGUACCCUCUUUUCCCAGGGGAAAAUGAAGUGGAGCAGCUUGCCUGCAUUAUGGAGAUCUUAGGACUUCCGCCAUCUGAUUUCAUUCAAACUGCAUCAAGAAAACGAACAUUCUUUGAUUCCAACGGAGUUCCGAAAAGCGUCACGAACACUAGAGGGAAAAUAAGGAACCCAAAUUCCAAAGAUCUAAACGCUGUUUUGAAAACGCACGUUGGCUCCUUUCUGGAUUUCCUCAAGAAGUGCCUCGUAUGGAAACCUUCUUUGCGCAUGAUUCCGGAAGAAGCCAUCCACCACGCCUGGAUGGAGGAACCGUGGCCGCCCAGACUGAAACAGAAGCCCAAGACGGCUACAAAGCCGAGUGAGACAACUUUCUACACGCCAGCAGAGAAGAAAAAGGAAAACGCUCAUAAAAAUACACAGAUAGAAAAAGGAGAUGACAUCGCUCGGGAACAGCCCAGCACAGAAGUAAAAUCCGACCCACCUGAAAAAUUACCUGCUUCGCAUCAAAAACUUUCUCCCGUUGCAUUGUCCAAAGAUGUAAAUAAAGAGGAAAAUCAAGACUCAGUUAAACCAGAUACUCCAGCAAAGGAAGCAGAACCUCUGAUGGAGAAAGUGGCUAAAAGAGAUCACAGGCCAGGAAAAGUCUUGCAAAAAAAUACAAGCAUCUUACCACCCAUUAAGUACAAGCGGUGACUGAUUCUCUUUCCGUACAGUUCCUAGAUAAAUAUUUUGCUGUAACGUGCUCGAGAACAGAAAUUUUAAUGCAUCUCUCUCUAAUCGUGGUCUGUGCGCUUUUAUUGGCGGUGUUGGGCCUUAGAUGGGACUACUAGACCUCGCGGUCUCCCGGUUUCUAAUAAACUGAAUUCACAUGUGCCGGAUGUUGAAUCAUGGACUCUUAAGGAACUUUGCCAGGCUCCCCAAACAAAGAAAAAAGAAAGAAAAAAAGAUCAUGCUAUGAAAAUAUAGUAAUUUGUGUAUUCAAGCAAUAAAUCGUGGUUUGUUCAUUCAAGCGAGCUGAAAAUUUAUCAGGGAGCGGAAAAUCACGUACCAAAGACAUGAAUAGGUUUGUAGAUGAAUAGAGUAAGGUUUAAUAAAUGU